AUGCCAAAAGUUAUUGGACCCCCUGGUCAGGCCUUGCAGAAGGAGAAACUAAGGCUUUGUGCAGUGACCAAUGGGACCAAUCUGGUCAUCCUUUCUUUAGCUCUCGUUUAUCUUUUUCAGGCAACCAAAAGCAGGAUCAAGAGAGUGAAGAAUGCGGUCUUUUCCUGUGCAACCAAACAAGUGGCUGAAGAUUUGGGAUCUCCUCCAAUCCUCCGAAAGCCACGAAGAACCCAUUCUGGCCACAAGGCAGAGCCCUCUCAGACAUUUCCACCGGAGAAUCUUCCCGCUUCAACGACAAACCUUGAAGUCCAGGAUGAAGACUUAGAAGACACAGAGAAACAAGAAUCGAACCAACAACAGAGCCUUCCAGAAGUCCAAGGGCAGGAUACUGAGGAAGGCAUAUGUCCAAUGGAGACUCUCUCUGCUAUUCCAGUUAGUACAGAUGCUGAAUUACCAUUGGUUUCAAAGACCUCACAUGACACAGACCUUGGAGAGACAGAGGACUUUCCAGCACCCCAAGAAAAGGACACAUCUCCUACGCAGACUGUGACCUUAAUCCAGGUUCAACCAAUACGAUUAGAAGACACAAACAGCUUCCAAGAGACACAAGAAAGCCAUGCUUACGAAGGCACCUGUCAACUUCGCAUGGAAAUCCAGCAGCCACCAAACACUGAAGAAUCGUCAUCGGAUUCAACCACCUCAGACAACACGAGCUCCGAUGAGAGUUAUUUCAUCACAAAGUGGUCCUUGAAUGAGUAUAGUUUGAACAGUUCAACAAGCACCGUAGAUGAAGAAUUAGAUGUACCCAUUCUCUCCGAACAGUCACAAUUCAGCAUACAGGAGAAAAAUGUCUGGGUACAUAACAUGUGCCAGAAGUUCACCAAUCUGCCUUCUCAAAUGCGUGACCAUAUGGGAAAGACAGUGGCCCAAAGGCAUUUGCUUAGUGUCCUAGAACAUUGCUUUGAAUCGGACGAACAUGAGUGUAUUGAGUUCUUAGCUGAGAUCGUUAAGUCUCCAAAAUGCAAUCUGGAUGUCGUGAUCCGUUUCUUCUAUGACAAGGCAAAUGAAGGCAGUUGGCUACCUGAGGAGGGAGAGGAAAAGUUGAGAGUCAAGGUGAAGGCCGCAAGAUACCUGAUAUCUGUCAUAAAGUGGGUCUGUGAUCCCAAGAAGCUAAUGUACUGGUAUGAUUUGUUAGCUUCUACCUAUAUGAACAUUUGGAACAAACAGCCCCGCCGAUCUGAAGAAGAUGCCGAAAAAAAUGACAACAUAUAUCUACAUCCAGGUGAAAUUGUAUAUAUUAUCAGGAUUUUGAAAGACAUGCAACAGGACUACAUUAGCCAGAUUUUACCAGACGUUGCUGAUUGA